AUGGGGCAAAUAAAAAAGAAGGGGACCUCUGGUCAGGCGAAAAAUUUCAUCACCAGAACACAGGCGGUACGCAAGCUGCAGAUUUCCCUCCCCGAUUUUCGCAGACUAUGUAUUUUUAAGGGUAUCUAUCCCCGUGAACCUCGAAACAAGAAGAAAGCCUCGAAAUCUGCGACCCCGAGCACCACUUUUUACUACACGAGAGAUAUCCAGUACCUACUUCAUGAACCCCUACUUAAGAAGUUCCGCGAACAGAAGUCGCUUGCGAAGAAGAUAGCUAGGUCUCUUGGCCGUGGAGAAGUUGGAGAUGCUGCAAGGCUCGAGAAGAACAAUGCGCCCAAUAUAUCACUUGACCAUAUUAUCAAAGAACGGUAUCCCACAUUCAUAGAUGCGCUUCGGGAUUUGGAUGAUGCUUUGUCGCUUUUAUUCUUGUUUGCCAACCUGCCUUCAACGAAGACUGUACCACCUAAAACCAUUGCUCUCUGUCGACGGCUGUGUCACGAGUUCCAGCAUUACUUGAUUGCGACUAAUUCUCUCCGAAAAUCCUUCCUCUCGAUCAAAGGCAUCUAUUAUCAGGCUACGAUUCAAGGCCAGGAUAUAAUGUGGCUUGUGCCUUAUCGAUUUGUUCAGAGGGUUACAGGAGACGUGGAUUAUCGAAUCAUGGGCACUUUUGUGGAGUUUUAUACGACACUGCUUGGUUUCGUCAACUUCCGACUGUACACCUCGAUUGGUUUAGUUUAUCCACCAAGGUUUGACAAGUCGAGCGAUGAACGUGGUGCUGAGUUGGCAGCCUUUACUUUGGAAGGCCGUAAAGUUGGAGAGACACAAAAAUCAAUCGAAGGCUCACAGCACAUAAAUGAGAACGCUGAGAAAGAAAAACCUACGUCUAACGAUAUUCAAGCUAAAGUCGAUAACAUACUCAAAAAACCUGAACUCGAUGCAGAACCAACAGAUUUGCGGACUGAAGAUAGGGAAGAUAAUACUGAUGCAAUCGAUACUUUUGAGCCAAUUGCACCUGAGGCCGAUACUCUGCCACAACCACAAAUCAGUGGGCAUGAGGCCGGUUCGUUAUUUGCACCGUUCACAUUCUACAUCUCUCGAGAGGCUCCUCGGGCACCCCUUGAGUUCCUGCUGCGUGCCUUUGGCUGUAAACGAGUUGGAUGGGAUGGCGUUCUUGGCGAUGGGGCUUUUACACAUGAUGAGCUAGACACUCGUAUAACUCAUCAAAUAGUCGACCGCCCUCCGCUCCCUGAGUCUGCGCUUCCUCCCAUGCCAAAGAACCCCAAAGAGGGAACCGAAACCGCUCCGCGGGUAAGGCCUGGCACCAGGAUUCCUGGCCGGACAUAUAUCCAGCCUCAAUGGGUCUGGGAUUGCAUCAACGAAGGAAAGCUUCUGCAGCCUGAUCUCUAUGCUCCUGGAUCCACUUUGCCGCCACACCUGAGUCCCUGGGUUAAACCUUCCAAGGGUACCUACGAUCCUAGAGCCUCGCUUGCUGAUCAGGAGGAGGAAGGUGAAGCAGAACGGGCAGCUGAAGAAGAGCAUGAGGACAGUGAAGGGAAGGAGAGCGAAGAAGAGACUACCCAGUCGAAGGAAGGUAAGAAGUUGCUUGCUAACCUUGCAUAUGACUCUGGUAAUGAAGAGGGACAUGACGACGGUUCGAUUGACGGCGGUAUGGAUAUUGCGAUGGGAAAUGACGACAGUGAUGAGAGCGGGGACGACAAUGAAGGUGUAGAGGAAUUCCAUGGGUUCGACCAGGAUGAAGAGAUAGAUUCCGAAUCGGAGGAUGAAGAGGAAAAGGCUCGGACACAACAUCAGAAGGAACUAGAGGCUGAGGCCGCUGGGCUUCCCUUCUCGGCUUCCUGCGAAACAAAGAAUGGAGCAGUUAACGGUAAAAAGCAACAAGGUCCCUUUGCUAAAAAGCGGGCAGCUCAGAAGAAGAAGGAAGAGGAGGAACUUGAACGCAAAAAGAUGAUGCUGAGUCGUAAGAAGCGCAAGUUGCUUGAUAAAGUGAUUUACUCCAACAAGAAGCAGGACGCAGAGGCGGAGAAGCUGAGGCAGAAGCGAAGAAAAAUUGAGAAAGGCCUAAAGCAGUAA